UUUGUCCCUCUCUGCAGCAGUUCUGUAACGCAGGAGGCGGGUCUAACUCGUAACUGCCCUUAACCCUCUAUUCUUUAUAUCAACGCUCCGGUUUAACCCGGGUUAGUCUGUAGAGUUUGCUCCGUUAGCGAGCUAACAUCAUGUCCCGGGUUCUGAUCGUGGGAGCGGGACUGACAGGAAGCCUCUGCGCAUCUCUUCUGCGCAGGGAGCUGCAGGACAAAGUAAGGAUCGAGGUCUGGGAGAAGUCCAGGGGCUCAGGUGGCAGGAUGUCCACCAGUCGCCCCCCCGACCCAUCCUCUCACUCAGCUGAUCUGGGAGCUCAGUACAUCACCGCCACAUCGGCCUACAGCAAGUCUCACCACAGGUUCUACUCUGAGCUGCUCUCUGCGGGGGUCCUGCAGCCCCUCGAUGCAUCUCGUGUUGAAGGUCUGAAGCACAGAGACGGCAGCCAGGACUUCAUGACCCCGCUGGGGAUGGGAAGCGUUGUCAAACACUUCCUGUCUGAGUCAGGAGCUGACGUGUUCUUCGAGCGUCAUGUGACCGGCCUGUUCCGCCGCGGUGCAUCAUGGGAGGUUCAGAGGAGGGGGGGGGACAGCGAGAUGUUCGACGCCGUCGUCCUGACGAUGCCAGUCCCGCAGAUCCUGCAGCUGCAGGGAGACCUGGGAGAACUGCUGCCCCCACCCCAGCUGCAGAUGCUGUCCAGCAUUCAGUUCUCGUCUCGUUUUGCUCUGGCACUCUUCUUCCCCCCCAACGCCUCCUUCAGUUUCAGCUGGGCUGCGCGCUACGUUAGCGACAGCAGCGCUAUUGUGUACAUCUGCGCAGACGCCGCUAAACGCAACGCAGCCCCCUUUCUCGGCCCCUCCCUCGUGGUUCACAGCAGCGGGCAGUUUGGCCUCGCUCACCUGGAGAGAGACGCCACUGACGUUCAGCCAAUCCUGAUGCAGGAGCUGCAUCGGCUACUUCCUGGUCUGCCUCAGCCAAUCAGCAUCAAGUGUCACAAGUGGAGGUAUUCCCAGGUGCUGACCGCGGUGCCGGGCUCUCCGGGUCACAUGACUGUCCUGCAGCACCCCCCCCUGCUGUGCGCCGGAGACGCUUUCACACACUCCAACUUCGAUGGCUGCGUGGAGUCUGCACUGAGCACGCUCAGAGCGCUGAGGGGGUGGCUCACUGACCAAUGAAGAGACUAUUUAGAGAUCAAGGAUGCGGGUUUCCCGUGUUGGUCCCUGAAGGCACCAUUUCCCUACUUCUGUUGGUCCCUGAAGGCUGCAUCUCCCUGGUUCUGUUGGUCCCUGAAGGCAGCAUCUCCCUGGUUCUGUUGGUCCCUGAAGGCAGCAUCUCCCUGGUUCUGUUGGUCCCUGAAGCAGCAUCUCCCUGGUUCUGUUGGUCCCUGAAGGCAGCAUCUCUUGGUUCCAGUGGGAUUCCUCCGUGUGAUUUUGAAUUGUAAUCUGGAACACGUCAGCAGGAUGUCUCCAUUCCUGAAGUUAAGCCUGAUUGGAUCUGAAGUUAAUUAAUUGUCUGACGUUAAACUUUAUAAUCAAACUCUUUAAUGAGUCUGAAUCUUUGUGUGAAACAUUAAAUAUAAUAUUUGGAUGAAACGUU